AGUAUAAUAUGUAUUUAUAACUACGUUGUUAAAAAUUUUCGCUGCAGAGAUGCAGAGGUAUGUCUGGUUGUUGUGUUUCUCGCUUGAAUUGUGUUGGGCAGAGAAUGACUCUGGAUGCUGUGGGGAUAUAGACGUCGACGGAAUCUGCAGUAAAUGCUGUCAAAAUUACCACCUUUUGGAGGGAAUAUGCAAAGUGUGUCCGCUGGGAUUUUUUGGAGAUAAGUGCAACACGGAGUGUGUUUACCCAUGGUAUGGGGCGUUAUGCGGUUCCUCUUGCACGGAUUACCCAAACAACUGUUCCAAGGCCGAUUGCCACCCUGCUCUAGGAUGCCAGAACAAUGGUAGAAUAAUUGUCACACAAACAACUCAAAGUUCUUCAAAAAAGCAACUCAAUUCUAAUGUUUCAACUCCCGCGACGCCAAUAUAUGUAGGUACAACAGUCGCUGGGACAAACCUCAAUACAACUGACGCGCCCUGGUUGGUGUCUGUCGUGAAAAUACUUGGAUGUACCCUCGGGGUUAGCCUUCUGGUAAAUAUGGGACUAGUCUGUCUCUUCAUAUUCAAGAGAAGGCGAGAAAGCACUCCAGGCAAAUCAAUGAAUAAUUUACAACAAAGUGAACAGGAAUUAAAACUGUACAAUGCAAGUUGUCAGCAAAAUGUGGGCCGUGUGGUAGACACAAGCAGAAACAACAUCAAUAGUUCUGCACCGUAUCACGAUCUCUCUGCUGACCCCCGUUUAAGACGAUCAGACGACAAAGGGAGGAAGGAAUCAGUCGGUAAAUCCACACACACAUACCUGGAGCCGAUACCACGGGAAUGUAUUGACAUCGACAACCCAUCUUACGUAGAUAUGACAUUAUUAGACAGUGUUCGAUCAUGAAAUAUGAUCGAGGCUCCGGAAAAUCAAACGAAUUUACUUUUUUAAUCUUUCCAUAGCAUGUAUAGAAACACAAGUUGUACAGAAAACUGUUCGAAAUUGGACAGAUUUAUUGUGAUUAAUAUUAGAAACAAAAUUACAAUUUGGCUUAUGGUUUUUUUUCAGCUCACCUGAACCAAAGGCUCAAACAAGAAUUUUUGAUUGAAAUAAGUCCGUUGUCUGUCCUUCAAGUUGUCGUCAUUGUCUUGAAAAACUUCAAAGUGGAUUCGACUUGCUCUUGUACAGUCGAAUCACCUCGCCUUUCCUGUUUUCGGAAAUUUGAAAUGUUGCUAUGCAAUGUACAAAAUUCAACAAAUGAAACUACCUUUGAAAGAUCAUCAGCAAUAUAUUAGCUAUGAAAUAUACAAGAAUUUAAAAGAAAAUAUCGUAUAUUAUAGGCCCGUAGCAUCGUUUUUUAAAAUGGGGGGG